AUGGAGGGUUCCAGCGGCCUGUCUGAGUGUGUGCGCGUGAAGGAGGAGCCCGCCGAGCCAGAAGCGGGGCCCGAGCACCCGCCGCCCGGCGCGGCGCCAGUGCACAUAAAAGCGGAAUUACAAAAUGGGCAUCAUUCAGACAGUCUGAAGGAGGCAGAGUGUGUCAAGCAAGAGACGGAGUGUGAAAAUGAAGUCAAGGAAGAUCCCUCAUGCUCCGGCAGUGAGUGUGGUGUGAGCGAGGCAGCCAUGCUGGCCGGCCUGUACACAGACCACGAAGUCAAAGAUGAGCUUGUGCUGGGACAGGAGUGUCCAUAUCGACCUGACGUCACUCUAGUAGUUAAUGGUCGCGUUGGCUCUGUGCUCCGAGAUUGCUGCGUGACACUCGAACGCCUCCCACACGACGAGGCUCUCGUCCAGCGCCAAGACACAACUUAUACUGACACGGAAUCCGAUACUGACAAAUUAUAUGCUAGAGAGAAAGUACCGAUAUGUGAUCUUUGUGGUGAAAGCUUCAGUCUAAAGUCAGAUUUAUUGAAACACGUCAUGGAUCAUAUCCACAGCCCUUCAAGCGCGGAGCAGGAAGGGAGUGGACACAGUUAUGCAUUUGAUGGUCAAUGGACGCAGGAGCAGGAGCGCGCCCUGUGCCGCAAACACGAUAUUCGAGACUGCUGCGUGCUUCUCAAACGCCUCCAACAUCACGACGCUCUCGUCAGCAACGAUACCCAAUACAUAACUCAAACUGACACGGAAUCUGAUACAGAGGAAGUACACACUAGAGUUGACUAUGAGAAACCAACAUGUGACCUUUGCGGAGAAAGUUUUGCACUGAAAUCCGAUUUGAAGAAACAUAUCAUGAUUCAUAUCCAUGUACCAUCCACACACCAUCCACAAGCGGGUACUGAUAGGGAAUCAGAUGCUGAAGAGAAAAACAUCGAUAUUGACUGCGAGAAUGAACCUACAUGUGAAUUUGCUCUAGACUCAAAUUUAAUGAAACAUGUUAUGAUCCAUAUGUACGUAGGUCGCACUAAACAAAUGUAUGAACAUUCAGAAAUGAAUACUUAUGAGUGUGACAUUUGCGGUAAAAUAUUUAAGCGAAAAAAUAGCUUAAAGCGUCAUAUUAAAACACACUCGACCCAGUCAAAGUCUAAGGACUUUAAAUGCAACAUAGGAGAGAAAUCAUACAACUGCGAAACAUGUGAUAAGCGUUUUAUACAUAGAGAUCGGUUGAAAAGACAUAUACUAAUUCACACGGAUAAAAGACCAUAUUCGUGUGACGUAUGUGAAAAAGGAUUUAAAACCGGGAAACAUUUAAAAAUGCAUACACGGAUUCAUACUGACAUAAGACCAUAUUUGUGUGACGUAUGUAAAAAACGAUUUAGAUUUAAGAGUCAUUUAAAAACGCAUACACUGAUUCAUAGUGACAUAAGACCAUAUUUGUGUGACGUAUGUAAAAAACGAUUUAGAACUGAGACUCAUUUAAAAAUUCAUACACUGACUCAUAGUGACAUAAGACCAUAUUUGUGUGACGUAUGUAAAAAACGAUUUAAAACUGAGAGUCAUUUAAAAAAGCAUACACUGAUUCAUAGUGACAUAAGACCAUAUUUGUGUGACGUAUGUAAAAAACGAUUUAAAACUGUGAGUGUUUUAAAAAAGCAUACACUGAUUCAUGGUGACAUAAGACCAUAUUUGUGUGACGUAUGUAAAAAACGAUUUAGAACUAAGAGUCAUUUAAAAAUUCAUACACUGAUUCAUAGUGAUAUAAGACCAUAUUUGUGUGACGUAUGUAAAAAACGAUUUAAUACUGCGAGUCAUUUAAAAAUGCAUACACGGAUUCAUAGUGCGGAUAAUCCAUACACAUGCAAGAUAUGUGGAAAGAGUUUCGCAUGUAAGAGUGGGCUGAAUAAACAUAUUCGAAUUCACACCGGCUUUACAUCAUACUACUGCGGAACAUGUGGAAAGCGUUUCGCAACUAUAGGCAGGCUGAAUAGACAUUUUACAAUGCACGCAGACAUAAGACCAUAUUCGUGUGACGUUUGUGAACAACGAUUUACAAAUAGGAGUAAUUUAAAAAAUCAUACACGGAUUCAUGUGUAUGAUUUUUUAAAUUAGUCCCAGUGGGGAAAAACCAUACACAGGCUAAAUAUGCGACAAACGGUUCACGCAACUGUACGGCCUCAGGGUACAUGGAUUAACGCAUACUGGAGAAAAGCCCUUUGCCUACGAGACAUGUAACAAGCGGUAUACGCAUUAAAAUAAUUUAGAGAUACAUAAAUUCGCCAUUCAUGUACUACGUAUCAUUCAUAUAUGUAAGAUGUAUGAUUAUUGGUGCAAUAAAGAAUAUUUACUUACUUACUUACGUAAGUAAUUUAGGGUAGAGUGGGUAUUUUUUCUUACAAUAGGAACGAGUCUUGAUAGUUCUUACAUAAGAUCACAAUAUUGCACAAAAUUAAGUUUAAACAUUGAUCAUGAUCAAGCGCAGACUGAUCAAAAGGGGUCAUCCAUUAAAUACGUCACACGAAUUUCUAGGUUUUUUGACCCCUCCCCCCCUCCUUGUCACACUUGGUCACAUUUGGCAAACCCCUCCCCCCUAGUGUGACGUCACAUUUUUUCUACGAAAUCGCCAAAUGGAAUUAAGUACCUAAGUAUUAUUAACAUUUUAUCAAAAUAUUUUUGAUGAUACAAAUAUUAGUAUUUUUAUUACCCAAAACUGCUUAGGAAAGAAAAUUAAACGAAUAAAAACGAUUAUCGUUUUAAAAACUUGUUAUUUAAAUAAAUGUACAGCGAAUAAAAUAAAUAAAUUUUCGGUUACUGAUGAAGUUAAAGUGACGUCACAAAGUUUGUAUCUCCCCCCUCCCCCAUGUCAGGGGGAGGUCAUGUCCCCUAGGGGCACGAGGAGAGUAUGGCGAUACGAGUCAGCGGACUGGAAUGAGAUGUGGCAUUUCUUUGCGUCUUUCCCCUGGCAGCAGGUCUGUUUUUCUUCGGGUGACCCCUCGUGUUCUGCUGAGGCUGUUGCGGAUGUAAUUCGGCAGGGAAUGGAAUAUUUUAUUCCGUUCUCCGACCUAUCGCUCGAUCACAAGACCCGAGCAUGGUACAAUUCGGACUGUGCUCGAGCCGAGGCCCUUAAGCAGUCUGCAUACCAGGCUUGGGUACUAGCCCGCGAUACCAAAGCUGGAGC